GCUUCAGUUCUGUGUCUAGUGGUUGAGUUUGGAAAGUAUCUUCUUCUUCUUCGACUUCUUCGUCUUUGAAGCUCUUCUGCGUCUCUGGCACUGAGAGCUUCGUUAAUGGCGGCGGUUGGAUUUUGAGUCGUUUGAGUUUUACAGUUGGUGAGUUUGGGAAAAAGGAGCGAUCGGAGAUGUUGGAUGGACUCUUGGGCCGAGGCUUUGCCUCUAAAUGCAAGUCAUUGAUUAAAUUGACGAAGACUCGGAUCGAUGUGAUAAGGAGGAAGAGGAACGCGACGCAGAAAUUUCUGAGAAAAGAUGUCGCUGAUCUACUUGCCAAUGGCCUUGAUAUCAACGCCUAUGGAAGGGCGGAGGGACUUUUAGUCGAGAUGAUCUAUUCUUCUUGUUAUGAUUUCGUUGAGGGAUGCUGUGAUGUGGUAUUAAAGCAUCUUUCGAUCAUGCAAAAACAGAGUGAAUGCCCUGAGGAGUGCAAGGCAGCUGUGGCAACCCUGAUGUUUGCUGCAGCAAGAUAUUCCGAUUUACCAGAAUUGCGUGACCUUAGGCAAAUGUUUUAUGAGAGAUAUAGAGACGCUCCUCAAGUUUUUGAGAGUAAAGAGUUUAAGGAAAACUUAGCAUCAAAGCCUUCCACAUUGGAGAACAAGGUUCGCUUAAUGAAAGAUAUAGCAUUAGAAUUCUCAAUAGAGUGGGAUUCCAAUGCCUUUGAACAAAGGAUGAAUAUACCGCCACUAUCUCCACAGGACCCUCCCAAAGCUCAUGGAUCUUACCAUCUCAGUGCUGAUAAAACCAAUUCAUAUAAUGGAAAAGACAAGGUUCCCAGAGGAGAUAAUCAUGGUAUUUUGUUUAAGGAAAGGGUUGACCUUAAUGAUGGCUGUGGCAGACUGGGACUUGAAAAGAACGGUUCUGUCUCAAAAAUGGAUGCAGUUGACUUCCUGACAAGGCAUGCUCUCUCUCAAAAUGGAAGCAAUUCACUUUAUGGUCGGGAAGAAACUGCCUUGAAAAAGGAUAGAAAGGAUGGUUCAGUCUCAAAAAUGGAUGCAGUUGACUUUCAGACCAGGCACGUAUUCUCUCCAAAUGGAAAUAAUUCACUCUAUGGUCAGGAAGAAGCUACAUUGCGAAAGGAUAGAAAGGAUAGCCAUGACAAUAUGCUUCAAGGUAGGCGAGAAUUUGCUCCUGAUAGACAUGUCGCAUUGAAUGUGAAGGAGGAUGCUACCCCAAGAAAAGUUGGAUUAGGCAGUUCAUCCCAGAGAAAUAUAUUAGAAUCUGCAGAUGUUAGAUCCAAGUUGCAUUAUGGUAGGGCUAAUAACAUUCCUGUAAUAGAUAGCCAAGAUGCUAUACUUCAUGCAAAGCCAGAUAUGGCAGCCUCCCAUGGAAAGAGCAGCGGUAAAGAAAAAUUUGCUGAUAAUAAUUUUGGUGGUCAACACAUUACCGCAAAUUCUUCAAGCAAAGAUGAAGUUUUACCCAAGUCAAAGCCCUAUUCUGCUAAUGCAAUCCCUCCUCCUUAUGUAAAACGUAAUUCCAAAGAAAAAGUCAGGAAGCAGGUGACCCAUUUGGGAUCUUCAGAUGAUGGUUUUGACGGUAAUGGUGUCAUUAAGGAUUUCGAAUUAACUCUUGACAAAGCUAAUACUGGUCACAUCUCCAAGGGACUGCACCAAUCUGAUCAUUCUCGUCAUGAAAAGCAUCUUGCUGGAUUUGAUCAUUCUCGUCAUGACAAUCAUCUCGCUAGAUCUGAUCAUUCUCGUCAUGAAAAAAAUCUUUCUGAACCUGAAAGACUGGAGAAUCAUUAUCAUGAGAAAGAUCAUAUUCAUCAGGAUGAUGUUAUUAGCAAUCCCAUACCGAAACCAAGAUCAAUGAGGAGGAAACACUCAAAAUCACGUUCAUUCCAGAAUGAUGCUGGCGACUUCGAAGAAGCAGGGGUUUUACCAAGAAAAUCAAGAAGCAAGAGAAGGGAUGAUUCAAGGCAAGGCCUGCAAAUCUUGUUUGAUGAGGAACACCAUCGGAAAGAUGCAGAGGAGAGGAUAAUUGACAAACUGCUGAUCCAUUACAGUAAAAAGCCAUCUGUUUAUGAACCAGGAAAACCAAGGAGAAAGUCCAAAAGUCGACACGCACAUCAUGAAAUUAAUGAUGAAUCCCCUCGGAAUGGAAGCAGGGAUGGAUCUGACAAGGAGUCGCAAAUGACCCCUCCCCCUACACGCUCCGUUUCCCUCCCUCACGAACACACAGGUCCAUCGGCAGCAACCAAAGUUUUUACUCGUGCAGCUUCCUUUCAGCCGGAGCAAUCAGAGGGGGCUCGGCACGUGCAUCCCAAGUUGCCAGAUUACGAUGAUUUUGUUGCUCGGCUUGCAGCUCUAAGAGGAAGGUAAAUAAGUGGUUGAGCAACCAGAAUCUACACUCAACAUUGGCAUGAUUGGAACCAUUGCCAUCUUCUUGCAUUUGUUUCCUCGAGUUGGUUUUUUGAUGUCUUCGACAACAAUUAGCAAGAAAUGCACUUAAAUUCCUCCCUGGACAAUGGCAUCUAUAGCAUUUACGCUACUACAUUUUUAAUACAAUUUUAGAUCUAUUCAUUGUAAAAGUUAUAACGGUGUGUGUAGCUUCAGUUCAUAAAGUUACUGCAAGUGUGGACUCAAGUUUGACGUUGAGAUUGCUUAUAUACUUGUACCAUAAAUCUUUAACCUAAAAAAUGGUGUUGCGAGUCC